AUGGCUAUGGAGCAGCUGAGCAUCGCCAAGCACCGCCUGGGCGAUGCACUGCGCAGUACGGUCAACGCCUUCACCACAGCCGGCGGCGAGUCGAAGUUCGUGGAGAGUGGGACGCUGACCCCAGAGGAGUUCGUGGAGGCAGGGGACCAGUUAACGUUCAAGUUCCCGACCUGGCGAUGGGAGUCUGGCGAGGCAUCGCUGAGAGCGAGCUACCUCCCACAGGAGCAGCAGUACCUGAUCACCAGGAACGUGCCCUGCCGGGAUAGGGUCCGCGCUCUCGACUUUGCUUUGGACCAGACGACAACUGAGGAUGACUGGCUUCUGCCGCCGGAGAUGUCCUCAGGAGCCGAGAACAAGGAGCUCCACGACGUCGACGACCUAGGCCCUUCCGAAGGAGCCAGCAAGGCGGAGGGGAAAGGCAUCGUCUUCAACGCCGACGAUGACUUCUUGGGAGGUGGCGCGGCGGCGUCCACACUGCCAGACUUCUCGGACCUCGACCAGCAGCUACAGGAGGACGACUACCCAGCCGCUGGCUACGCGGCGCCCUCCGGAGGCGUGGUGGUGGCUGAGGCCCCUGACGCAAACAUCGUGAAGACGCGCACCUACGACUUGUCCAUCACCUACGACAAGUACUACCGAACACCCCGACUCUGGCUGUUUGGCUACAACGAGCGGGGGGAUCCUCUGAAACCCGAGGAGGUUUAUGAAGACGUCCUCAGCGACUACAAGUCCAAAACGGUCACCGUGGACCCUCAUCCUCUGACGGGCACGCCAACGGUGUCCAUCCACCCCUGCCAGCAUGCGCAAGUCAUGAAGAAGGUGAUUCAGGACUGGAUCGAGCAGGGGUUGACCCCCAGGCACGACCUGGCAUUGUUUGUCUUCCUCAAGUUCAUAUCCAGUGUGGUCCCAACCAUCAACUACGAUUUCACCAUGGAGAUCGAGCUCCUCCUGCGCUUCCUCGCCGGGGCCGGCCGCGGCGGCCGCUGGGCUGCUGUGACAGCCCUCAGGAAGAGUUCCGGGCGAAGCCGCAGAACGGAUGAUGACUGGCACCGCGUUCUGGAUUAUGCCAUUCAUCACGGCCUGGUGCGUCUGGAGAUCGUGAUUGGCCCAGAGAACAGGAAGGCCUUUGCCAGCCCGCAGCUCACCGACUCCGGUCAGAGGUGGUUCCAGACCGGGCCCCAUAACUGCCUCCUGGACUUUGGCCAUGCAGCGCCUGCAGGGCCCGCACAAAGAGAGCGCGACCCCUCACCAGCAACCCUGCGGUCGGUGGCUGAUCCUCCCUCGCCCGGCUCCCGCGCGGAAGCGGCUGUUACAGUCACGGACGAUGAAGAGAUCAACACGCCUGAAGAUGACCAGCCACUGGCCAACCUUCAGGUGCUCGUGGAGCAACGGCGCGUGAGCUCGCAGCCAACACCGCAGCGCAGGAGGUUGGGCCUCGUGCAAGACGAGGUUCCGGAGGAUGCGACUGCACUGCAGGGGCAGCUGGCGGCGGAGGUGGCUGCCUUGCAGUCCUUGGUCGCCAACCUGUCACACCCGAGAGCGGCAGCCCUGGCUGCGGCGCUCAACGAUGUGCGGAGCGUGCGCCGCGCCCUCGAGGCGGAGGUGCCGUCCUCGGCCAAGCGGCAACGCCACUCCGCUGGCUCCAUAAGCAUCCACAGCUCGAGCCCGCAAAGCUCAACGCGACCUGAGGCCAAGUCUCGAAGGACCGUGCGUGCUGCUGGCUCACCUGGCGCAGAGGAGCUGCCUCUACCGGCUCAGCCCCGUCCCGCUCCGCCGCUUUCUUUUGCUCGCACGGCGCGCCCAGUGGCUCACCAGCCCGGCAGCGUGCCCGCACCACAGCUGCAGCGACCGGUUCCGCGAGCAGUUGCAAAGGCCGCUGCCAGUAAAAAGUUCUCUGAGCGAGAGCGUGAGGGCUGCUCCGAGCUGAUCAAAAAGCUCAUGGAUGCCCAUGACUUCAACUCCAACCAGCAAGGUGGGACCGAGAAGUUCAGGCAGAUCAUCAACAAGGUGAAGCCGCUCGCCCCGGUGGCCAAGCGACCGAUUCUUGAGGAGGUGCCCCAGAAGUACUUUCUCGGAAAGACGCCGGGGAAGCAUCGCGAGCGGCUCCGCCAGAUCAUCACUGAGUUUAAGGCCGAGGGCCUGUGA